UGGCUUUUUAUUUCGACAUUGACAAAUGUUGUUGAGUCAUCAUUAUUAUCUUCAAACUGUGAUAAUUUCGAAAACCUUGACAAUACUUGGGUAUCCUGUUUUUUACAUGAAGUAAGAAAAAUAGAUAAUUCCAAUGAUUUGAAUAAUAAGAAUAAUGUACCAGAUUUAUCAAGUACUGAAGAGGAUCAUAAUUUUCAAUACUAUCAGCAUUGGGAUAUUCAAAAUCAAGGUCAAGGUGAUCAGCAUCAGGAUGUCCAAUGUCAAGAUGAUCAGCACCAGGGUGUCCAAGAUCAAGGUGAACAGUAUCAGGGGCAUCGGGAUGUCCAAUAUCAAGGUCAAGGUGAUCAGUAUCAAGGUGCCCAAGAUCAAGGUGAACAGUAUCAGGAGCAUCGGGAUGUCCAAUAUCAAGAUCAAAGUGAUUAUUAUCAGGGUGUUCAAGAUCAAGGUGAACAGUAUCAAGAGCAUCAGGAUGUCCAAUAUCGAAGUCAAGAUGAUCAUUAUCAGGGUGUCCGAGAUCAAGGUGAACAGUAUCAGGAGCAUCGGGAUGUCCAAUAUCAAGGUGAUCAGCAUCAGGAUGUCCAAUGUCAAGGUGAUCAGUAUGUUCAAGAUCAAGGUGAACAGUAUCAUGAUGUUCAAUAUCAAGGUGAACAAAACAGUCAAGGCCAUCAAUUUAACCAGCAUCAAGGCAACUAUUAUCAAGACGAUCAAUGUCACAACGAUUAUUGUCAGCAGCACAGAAGCAAUAAUGAGCAUAAAGCAAUAUAUGCAAAUCGCUGUUUUAAAAGAAAAAGUCAAACAUGUAUUAAUAUCCAGCAGGACAAACGAACUAAACAAUCUCAACCAUUUUCUGAAUCUGGUCAAAUUUCCCGUGGUGAUUUUUUUGGUUCUAGUUCUGACUCUGGUCAGAUUUCACGUGGUGGUUUUUCUGGUUCUGACUCCCAGGGCUCCCAACACCAAAUUACUAGAAGGAAUCUUCGAAAUCUGAAACGGCUCAACUAUUAUGUUUCCGAACUGUCAUCAUCGCCAACACCAUUGUCACAAUCUCCACCACCAUCACCAAUGUCUAUUUGCUUACAAUUACAUACUUCUCCACAAUUCGUAAAUUCAUCAAAAUAUCAAAAAUACAAAGACUCAAUUCUUUCUUCAAAAUUUCCAAAGCUUCCUCAAACAUAUAACAGGUAUGAAGUAGAAGCAAAAGACGAGAAAGACUGGAGUUUUUUAAAAACACCAGCACGGGUUGAUACGACAAGAUAUCAACGUCGAGGGUCAGUGUUAUCAAAAUACUAUCCGCGAGAAAAACCAACAGAGGUUAUUGAUAAAUGGAAAUUGCAAUUGGAACAAAAGUCGCAAUGGACAGAGAAUUCAAUUAGGUUAGGUGCAAUCGCUAGAAAAAAGGGAAUGACUGCUUUAUGGAAUGAAUGGGGUGUUAGGCAACCGUGUACUGUUCUACAGUUGGAAGACGUUCAGGUAGUACAGAUCGUUGAGAACAAAAAAUUCGUUAAACCACAUUUGAUAUCGGUUCAAAUUGGAUGCUCGGAUAAAGAAAAAAAUGUAUCUAGACCUUUAUUAGGUCAUUUUAAAGCCGCAGGUGUGUCGCCAAAAUGGAAAUUAUGUGAUUUUCACGUUACGUCCGAUGCUGUUUUACCAGUUGGCAGUGAAAUUAAGGCAGCCCAUUUUGUUCCAGGACAAUAUGUAGAUUUACAAGCACCAUCAAUUGGUAAAGGUUUUGCAGGUGUUAUGAAACGAUGGGGUUUCAAAGGUCUGCCUGCAUCACAUGGGACUUCAAAGACUCAUCGAUCAGCUGGUUCUACAGGUCAAAAUCAGAGUCCCGGUAGAGUUUUUAAAGGCAAAAAAAUGGCAGGUAGAAUGGGAGGAAAGAAUGUAACUGUAAGCACCAAAAUUCUCAAAAUUGAUAACGUCUUAAAUUUAAUAUAUGUUAAAGGACCUGUACCAGGAUAUAAAGGUCAAUUUAUUAGAAUUAAAGACGCUAUUAAGAAACAGGGAGCAAAAUGUUUUCCACAGGAUUAUUUACCACCACCAUUUCCUACUAUUGCACCAGAAAUAUUAAAAACUAUGCCCGGAGAGUUAAUAGCUAAAAGUGGUGGUGCUGAUCCUUUCUUAGCUAAAGAAUCUUGA